AUGUCAUGUACUUCUAACAACACACAUAUACCAGAAAUCUUAGGUGCACUUUUAGUUGGAUCUGCUGUUAUAAUGCUACAUCCACAAGGUGAUAAAGAUAUUAUAUAUAUUUCAACCGUAUUACAACAAAAACAAGUUUCCUAUAUGCAAACUGCUCCAGAAUAUCUCAAUUAUAUGUUAGAAUUUCUACUAAAAUAUGAUUGUCUAAAGUUUAAUACGCUGCGAAAGAUAAAUAUUAGAAAUAAUAUUAAUACAAUUCCGUCAAUUGAGAAAUUAUACAAUAAUUUGUGCAAGGACGUCAAUAUGUGGAAUUCAUAUGGUUCAACAGAAACAGCGAUUGACUUCACAUAUCAUUUUAUCGAUAUAAAUGAUAAAAAAGCUAUUCUUCCGAUUGGAUAUCCACUUUGUAAUUAUAAGUGCAUCAUUCUUGACGAAUUCUUACAAUCAGUGACAACCGGACAAAUAGGCGAAUUAUUUGUACGAGGUGCAGGUACCUCCGCUGCUUAUCUUGGACACAAUGACUUGACAACAAGAGUAUUUGUUGAUAUCGAUCACGAAUUAUUCUUUCGAACAGGUGAUCUUGUUCGAAUGGAUAAUAAAGGUCUUCUUUAUUAUAGAAGAAAUCAAGAUCAUCAAAGUAAACUACAUGGGCAUUAUAUUGAUCUUAAUGAAAUCGAACAAUGUCUAUUUGAACACACGCUUGUCUCUGCAUGUGUUGUAUUUAUAUUGCAUGAUACUUGUUUAGUUGCUUACAUUCAAAGUUCUAAUAUUGAUGAGAAUCAAUUACGUGAAUAUUGCCAAUCACGUUUGCCACCCCAUAUGAUUCCAUCAGUAUUUGUUAUACUCGAACAAUUACCUUUUAGUCAAAAUGGAAAAAUAGAUCGAAAACUUCUACCCACACCUCCUUUAUCUGCGAUGACGAAUGUCAACCAGUCUGAUUUAUUGCUAUUAACGCCACUUGAAAAUGCUUUGCGAUGUAUUUUUAGCGAAGUAUUUAAGAGAGAGUCCAUGAGUACACCACCCAAAACAUCAUAG